AUGCCUGGUCAUGCAGCUUCUAUAUUUAUUGUGGUUGAUCCAAAAGAUUAUAUUUUCAGUGGACUGAAGGAUGAAACAGUAGGUCGCUUACCUGGAAAAGUGGCAGGACAACAAUUUGUCAUUCAAGACUGUGAAAACUGUAACAUCUAUAUUUUUGAUCACUCAGCUACCAUUACCAUUGAUGACUGCACCAACUGCAUACUUUUCUUGGGACCAGUGAAAGGCAGUGUAUUUUUCCGAAAUUGUAGAGAUUGCAAGUGUACAUUAGCUUGCCAACAAUUUCGUGUGAGGGACUGUAGAAAGUUGGAAGUCUUUCUGUGCUGUGCCACUCAACCCAUUAUUGAAUCUUCCACAAAUAUCAAGUUUGGAUGUUUUCAGUGGUACUACCCUGAAUUAGCAGCCCAAUUUAAAGAUGCAGGGCUCAGUAUCUUCAAUAAUAUAUGGAGUCAUGUUCAUGAUUUUACACCUGUGUCAGGAGAACUCAACUGGAGCCUUCUUCCAGAAAAUGCUGUGGUUCAAGACUAUGUUCCUAUUCCAACUACUGAAGAAUUCAAAGCUGUACGAAUUUCUACAGAAGCCAAUAGAAGCAUUGUUCCCAUAUCCCGGGGUCAGAGACGGAAGGACAGCGAUGAGUCAUGCCUAGUGGUAUUAUUUGCUGAUGAUUAUACAACUGCAAAUGCCAGAAAAUUAAUUGAUGAGUUUUAUUCUCCACCGAUGGUUGGUAAAGGGUUUCUCCUAGUGCAGACAAAGGAAGUGUCAAUGAAAGCUGAAGAUGCUCAAAGGGUUUUCCGAGAAAAGGCAUCUGACUUUUUUCUUCUUCUAAACAAAGGUCCUGUGAUUGCCCUGGAAUUUAAUGGAAAUGGUGCUGUAGAAGGAUGUCACCUUAUCGUAAACGAGAUAUUCAACGGGACAAAGAUGUUUGUAUCAGAAAAGAAGGAGACAGCAUCUGGAGAUGUUGACAGCUUCUAUAACUUUGCUGAGAUACAGAUGGCGAUUUGAAGCAGACUGUGGUUCUGCAAGCACAGUAAGAACAUUUGGAGCAUUGGAAACAAGCAGAAAUGACAACACAAUAAUAAAAUUAC